UUCACUGAGUGAUAGAAAGUAGGAAUCUAAUUACCGGUGUUUUGUGUUUAUAGAAAAUACCAAAUUAAAGUAAAUUUAAACAAUGGGGUGCCGUAAUAUAUUGAAGCUUGGAGCCUUAGAAGCUAAGAAGACAGCUUUCUUACUAUGUGACAUACAAGAAACUUUCAGACCACACGUGAAACAUUUUGCAGACGUUGUUAAAGUCGCCAAUAAAAUGAUGACAGCAGCAAAACAUUUCCAAAUACCAGUAUACGUCUCCGAACAGUACCCCAAGGGUCUCGGUCACACAACUAAGGAUAUCAACGUGGAAGAGGCAGCGAUGGUAUAUGAGAAGACUUUGUUCUCCAUGUACACUCCGGAAUUACAGGAGAAGUUACGGAAAGACGUACCGAAUUUGAACUCCGUAGUACUGUUUGGGAUUGAGGCCCAUGUAUGCAUUGAACAGACAGUCAUAGAUCUUCUGAAUGAUGACUUAGUUGUCCACGUUGUAGCUGAUGGGGUGUCGUCCAGGUCCCUCAUGGACCGAGGACUUGCUUUACAGCGAAUGCAAUCAAUAGGAUGUUUCAUAACAACAGCCGAGAAUGUUCUUUUCAAACUAAUGAAGGAUAAACAGAGUCCUCAAUUCAAGAAGAUCACUAAACUUGUCAAGAUUCCCACUUCGGAAACGUUUGCCGAUGUUUCGUCGAAAUUGUAAACAUGAAGCCCUGUUUAAACCAAACAUUUUCUCCUUCAAAUCUUAUUUAUGUACAACGUAAUGUCCGAGUGAAAUCGCCCUUAGGCAUACGUAAUUCAAAAAAUAAAAUGUAUUUGUACUUACUAUAAACGGAACGAAUAGUAUUUUUAUAAUAACUGUCUAGACACUGAUUCAUUAUAAAUGAUGCAAGGGUUAUGAAGGGUUUAUUCUCGCGUAUUUAUCGGGAAUACCUACCGGACUCCAGUUGGAUCAGAAACUAGUGGGCACUCCCGAUAAAUACACGUGAGUAAACCGUUGUGUUGUGUCAUUUCAUAAGGAACAAAUGUUCUGUCAUUUCAAUAAAAUCGUAAUUAGCUGAGUAAGUGUACACAACAUAAUGUUAUGCAUGACACAACGUUGUGUGUUCACACUGCGAGUCCGCAAUCGGCUAUUAAUUGGUUUCAACAGGUGCUGUUUUAUUAAAAUUAGUAAAAUAUUUUGACAUCAAAUUAUAGUUGAUGUUUUUCGAGAUUUUUAUUUAUACUAAAUGUAUUUUUUAAUUUAUACAAGUUGAAAGACGUUGCUUUAAAUUUCUGGUGCAGGGUACAUUUUUGGUAGAUAAAUUAAAUGUGUGUUGAUGAUGUAUACAGUACCUACUAAACAUUCCAUUGUAAUUUUAGUAACAAGUGGCUUUUUUAUGUAUAAAAAUUAGCUUAUUUUGCGAUAUGUCACGUGACUAUCAAAAACUAUGUGUAAUUAAAAGUUUAGCUCUCUGUAAGCAUUUUUUUACUUUAUUAAACUUGUCAUGUAUUUCUAUGUGAAUGGUAUUAAAUUAAAUAUAUUUAUUUUUA